CAAAGACCUCACCGGUGAGAUGACCUUUUCGCGAUUGGACGGUGGUCUGAGCGCCUCACUCAUCGAAACCCCAUACAAUGCGGGCAAUGUUCAAUCCUUCCGUCUUUACAAACCCCAGAAAUGCAGCCCUAUUCAACACGUUCAUCCCAACGAUAUCGACCCUAGAACCUAGUACCUAAAUAUGCCAGCAAUCCAAGCGCUUUAUGACUUCUCUGUGCAAAACAUCACGAAUACUACAUCAUCAGCUCCAAACGCGAACUAUUCCUUACCUGUUGUAUGUGCGUGGCCCACAUCGGGCCAGUACGGGCCAGGCUCCCGAGUAUUGUAUUAUGUUCUUGUAGCUACAUGUGUGUUUGCGCGGAAGACAGACUGGUUGAGGGACGCAUGCCUAGCGGCGGCGUUGGUCUUCCCCGCAGUUGCUGCGAUUCACUCGCUCGUGCUCGCAUCCGUGCAUGUAAAUGGCGCAGUUGAUCUCGACAUAUAUGGAACAUUCCAGUUCUGCUCUAUCGCGAUCCUGGCAGCCCCGCUGACGGUUCGGCGAUCUAGCACGUACUUUAAUGAUCCCGGGCGCAACAUCAUCUUUUUGUGGACCAUCCUGAUCCUCAUGGGUCUCCUGGCCCUAUGCGUUGAAUUUUACCGUGUCACCCCAACUGAUUGUAAAUUCGACGAUGCUGGUAGCCCAAUUCCCCGUGGUGCAGCCAACUUCCCCUACGGCAAUGCUACGUGUGGUAUGAUUUGCUCUGAAGAACAGACAACUUCUCCAAUGCGAGGUGGCGCUGCCAGCAAUGUCUACGUAAUUCCCGUACCGGACAGACUUACUUUCAACGCCGCUAUGUUACUCGCGGCAGGAUUCUGUAUACCUGCGAUCUUGAGCCUGAUAUUCACCUGGGAUAAGAUCCUCGAAAUCAAUUGGAAAAGACGAAGCGAGGCUGAUGAACUUGAUGAACCGAUUGAAGGUGCCAACGUCACAGUCGGUGAAAUGAGGGGCAUAAACAAUAUGGUCAGGUUGUUUUUGAGUGUUGUCGAGGUUCCCGUGUUCGGAGGAGCUGUACUUGCCAUACUUUGUAUUGGUGAAGCCAACUUUUUCAGUGAACAGGUCAUGUGGCAGACCGAGCCUAUGGCAUCAGUUGGUCAAUGGGCACCUAUCGCAGGUACAGUCCUGGCUGCUGUGGGCUCGUUGUACAUCCUUUGGACUUCGAAAGGCAAGCCUGCAGAGGUCAUGCGAGAUGCGAACUCUAACUCUUCGCGUCAUUGUCAUUCUAGCGACCGCAAUCCUUCCCCUCACGACACCUCUGAUAUACAACGCUUCUCAGAGAGGAACGCGGAGGGUAACGCUUUGAGAUUGUGGUCGUCUUCCCCGAAUCACCUAGGUCUCAUCCCCACGAUCACACACCCUGAUAACGAGCAGGAUCAACAAGAGAACGAGCGCCGGCUGGAGCAUGGUGACGGACCGUCUGCCGGCAGGCACAGAGUGCGUAGAUGGUUCACCUCUGCCGCGGACUACUUGGGCCAAGUCGCACAUGACAAACUCGAUGUCUCCGACUACAACGAUCGUAGAGCACAUCGGUUUCCCGUAGUGCCUGGCGAAGAGUUUCGAAAUCCUGAAAUACAUCGCAUCAGCUCGCAGUUUAGCCAGAUCCGUGAGCAGAGAGCGAGUAUCUACGCACCAAGUAUCGCAUCUACAUCUGGUAUCGGGGAUGUUCCAGCGCCACCAGGACCUGGCUCACCACCUAUAGACGCCAGUCCGGGAUCAUCGCGCCCGGACACUAGCCCACACAGGACCCCCAGACGACGAGACACGCUCGAAGUACCAGUUCCGGCCCAUAUAUAUCACAGAACCUGAAUCUUGCCAAGUCAGGAUAGGAGAAGCUGUUCCACCUCAGUAUACUCGGUUGAUCGGGGCAUGUGCCCCGUCACGCGUCUGGAAGGUCUGCAAUGAAUCUGCUCAUCCCAAGAAGAGCACGCAAAAGACACCGAGAACACACAGUGCCGGGCCCCUUCGUGGGCAUCAUCCGUCAAUCGACGAAGAACGACCACAACGGUAUCUGAUACGCGUUGGUAGUUUAGCUCCUGCUCAAAAUCAUGAUGAGCAGUAGGAAGUUUUCUGAGAACAAAUAGAGGAAAUGUAUAGAGAGGACUUGGUAGAUAUAUAGAUUAUGUGCGACGUAAGAAUCGAAGAAUGAC